AUGCUACCAAUUCAACUCUAUAUGACAUUUACUAUUAUAUGGCUGAGACAACAACAACACGAUUAUUAUGCCUACCGAACACCGCUCCCCACAAAAGCCUCAUAUGAUUAUGUGGUGGUAGGCGCCGGAUCUGCCGGUGCUAUAGUGGCCUGUCGUUUGGCACAAAAGGGAAAAGAUGUGUUACUUCUGGAGGCCGGGGGUGCCCAAGAUGCCUACAGUCACGAUCACCCAGGUGUUUACGCGCAAACAUUACUCCUUGAUGGCCCAGCCUUUUGGCCCUACUAUCUUGUGCCUCAUAGUCGUGUAGGAAAGGGAUCACCACUAUUCCGAGCCUCAUUGAAAGGCCGGGUAUUAGGCGGCUCUUCAACUGUUAACUUCAUGAUGUACAACAGGGGCAAUCGUAAAAAUUAUGACAAUUUUGUGACCCAAUACGGGGCCACCGGGUGGGGCUAUAAUGAUGUAUUGCCGCUUUUUAAAUUAACUGAAAACAAUACAGAUCCCAAUAUGAACAGUAUAUAUCACGGACGUAACGGUCCCAUUGGUGUGUCCACCGCAUCGAUGAUCUCUCCGAUUGAUAACAUAUUUUUGGAGACCCUCUCAGCGCAGGGUAUUCCUUAUAAUGACGUGAAUGGGCCCAUACAGGCGGGCAUUAUGUCAGUUCAGUCCACUAUAAAUAGAGGAUUGAGAGCAUCGACAGCCACCGGAUAUCUCGAGAGUAAUAUCUGUCCCACAGUUACUAUAGUAACGAAGGCAACUGUUAAUAAAGUCCUCAUCAGUUGGGACACGGAUGGAAAGCCUAUUGCAUACGGCGUUCAGUUCAUUAAAAAUCUCAUCACAUAUACAGUGUUAGCCAAUAGAGAAGUCAUUUUAUCAGCCGGUUCACCACAAAUACUAAUGUUGUCGGGAGUGGGACCUAAAGAUCAUUUGACAUCUAAGGGAAUCGCACCCAUAUAUGCGGACCUACCCGUCGGCAGUACAUACUGCGAUCAUUUGUCAAUAUUAAUUCCUGUUUUUCUAAAACAAAAUGGUCUGGUUAAUCCGAUUCCACAACUUAUUCCUUCACAACUAUACGAGGACGACGUGCUGGGCACCGGUGUUUUGGCACAGGCGCCUAUGAAUACUUAUUACUAUUCAACAAGUGUUAAUCCGGAUAAGGAUUACCCUGAUGUUUUGCUAUAUGGAACUUCGUUGCCAAGACUUACCAUAAAUUUUAAGAAACGCCAAUUAAAUGUCACUAAAACGAAACAUGGUAAGAAAUUACCGCAUAGAAAUAUCAACUACCUGUUCAAUAGAGAAUUAUUACAAACUAUUGAUUUAUCAAUUGAUUGGUUGGCCUAUUUGAUUGACAUUUUAAACAACGAUAAUUAUGUGCUCGUCCCUACUCUGGUUAGACCUAAAAGUUGUGGCACAUUGCGUUUGAGGGGCACAUCCAUUUUUGAUAAACCACUCAUUGAUCCUAACUUUUUGGGAAACCCUGUGGACAAACAGGCAUUUUUGGAGUUAGUCUCCGACACCUACCGUUUUGUAGAGACGUCCCAAUUUUCGCAGUACGCAUACGUCAACCCACGUCCCAUACCCGGCUGCAAGUACUGCGAUACGGGACCGGUAUAUAAAUGCACUCAAUAUUUAGAGUGUCUUAUCAUGCAAACCGGUAUUUCCUUAUAUCAUCCGGUGGCCAGUUGUAAAAUGGGUGACCCUUCCAGACCCGACACUGUAGUCGACCCCCGGCUACGAGUGAAAGGUGUGAAACACUUACGAGUAGUCGACUCAUCCAUAUAUCCGACGAUAAUCAACGCCAACACAAACGCG